GGACAGUGACCCAACUAUAGGAAUAAAUGGGUGACAGACUAUCUGCCAUUGGGCUGUGAUCCCCCAUUCUCUGACAGGACAAGGACACCCUGAGUGAAGCCCGCGCCCACCUUGUCAGGAGACUAGAUUACCGAUCGUACAGCAAGCUGCCCAGGGCUCUCGCGAUACGUAGUUCUGCUGCUGCAUGCGCGGUCUAAUCAGCGCUCACACUGUAGACUUAGGGGCGGGGCCAGACUGUAUCCCGAGCAGCGAUUGGCUGUCCGCAUAUAGCAAAGACGAGCGCGGGAAAGACUCGUGGAAUCAUCUGGAGGCUCCUGAGGACUGCGAUCGCUGCCCUGUGUACAGAUCCGACACCCUAUUUUGUGCGGCGGCCAUAUUGGUUGUCACCUAACUUUCCCCUCACUCACAUAUAGAGAGAAGACGAUAAUGAUUGGAAAACGGCGUCAGAAGAAGCCAGAGAAUGAAGAGGAGCAUGGUGGAGCCUCCAAGAUUAAGAAGCGACGUGGGAGCAGUAAGAAUCUGAAACCUCAGGAUUCAGUGCAGGACUGUGACAACCUCUUUACACAGCUGCUGAAGUCAUCUGGACUCACCCUUAAGUCUGGGGAGCAACAGAAUGAACUUGCUUUGGAUCAAAGAGUUUUCCAAAAGACGCUGCAGCAAUCAUUACGGAAGCACAAACAAUACCCAAAUGUUCUGCAGGAGUUCAUGUCUGGCCUGGAAUCACACAUUGAAGAUCGUGAGCGCUUCAGGAAUUGUCUUCUACCUUGUGGCCGCUGUAAUGAAGCUGAGGAGGGAAGCAAUCCACUGAUGAGCUCCUUUCAUGACAGUCUGAUAAAGAUCCUGCUCAGCAUAGAUAUCUUACAGGAGUUGCUUAUAAAUCUGCUUUUUGAGAAAAUCCCAGAGUUUCUGUAUGACAGUUUUGGCAGUGAUGGCAUCAGUAUUCCCCGACUGAUCAUCAACCAGCUGAAGUGGCUCGACCUUGUAGUUUGUGGCAAGGAGCUGACGGGUAAGAUAAUGCAGUUGGUUACAGUGGCUCCAGCAGACAUACAGCACCAUGUUAUCAACAGCCUCCCUGAAAUCCUGGAGGAUGCUGAGCACAAUGAUGUGGCCAAGGAGCUCAGCUCACUGUUGAAACAGAAUACACAUCUUACAGUGCCCAUACUGGAUGCAUUUUCCAACCUGAACCUGAGCACGGAACUCCUGACAGAGGUGCGGCAGUGGGUUAUGUCUACCCUCUGUGCUGUUGAUCUAGAAGUAGUUCCUGUUAUUGUCAAGUUUAUUCUUCACACUGUGACUCCUUCAGACGCUUUGGAGGUUAUCUCUGAACUCCGGAAAAAUCUUGAUAUGGAGUCAUGUGUUUCAUUGUCACAGGUUCAAGCCACCAAAUCCAAGGCUGGUAUUACAGGAACCCAAGACAAGAGCAGCCAGGAUUGUGUGACUGUCCUAAUGGAAGUUAUUAAAUCAGCUGUCUGGUUUCAGAAGCACACGUGUGAUGCCUGGAUUAAAGCCAUAGAAAGUGUUGAAACCGUUGAAGAGCUCAAGGUAACUGAUUUCUUAGUACUUUUGAUCCUUUACACAACAAAUUCGAACUCCAAGAAACAAGUGGAGCGUGUGCUGAAGAACAAGGUGCGCUCGGGCUGUAUAACACAUAAGCUGGUACAGAACAUGUUCAAGAGUCACACACAGGUUCUUAUGUUUUACUUUGCGUCCAUACUGUCUCUGGCCCAGACACUUCUGAGAUCUGUGGAGCCCAUUGUGUCUUUGUUUGGCAGCCACCUCUUUAAGCAUGCCUUUGCCGUGUUUGACCGUUACUGCCAGCAGGAAUUAGUUGUAACUUUAGUGACUCACAUAUGCAGUGGUUAUGCUGAUGAAGUGGACACCGCCCUGGAUGCCAUAAGUGAUCUGGUGUCUAGUCACACUGCUGCCGUGGCUCUUUACGUGGUCUUCAUAAAGGGCAUAUUAGAUCACCUGGACAAUCUGAACUCUCGACAAAUCCGCAAACUCUUCCAGAUCCUGUGUGCUCUUGGUUUCAGCCCCGAAGGUUCCCACAUCCAGGAUGAACUACAUAUAGUUAUAAGAAAGCAACUAUCCAGCACUGCACUCAAGUACAAGCGCAUUGGGGUGAUUGGGGCAGUGAGAAUGGCGGGAAGCAUGGUUGUACACGACAGGAGAAAAUCCGCAUCCAGCAAAUUAGAAACGCCAGCUCUAAGUCCUAAUGUCUACCGGCAGGUCACAUCUCUUUUGGAACUAGCUCGUACAUGCUGUGAGCAAUCGCCACAAUCUGCUGCUUUCUACUAUGAUGAGCUAGCUGAUCUGGUGCAGACGAGAAGUUUGGAGGCUCAGGUCAUGGAACACUUGAGGAAGACAGUGGUCGAGGAUUUUCAGGAUGAUUAUGUUGUGGAUCUGGACCAGGCAGGAGAAGGAACCCACCUGUUUCCAGUGAAAGCAAUGUAUAACCUGGAGGAUGAUGAGAGUCAGAAUAUCGUUGUUAUCAAUCUACUCCCACUUCUGUCACAAGAACUUGCUAAUAAAAGUUCUGCCCCAACAAUCAAAGAAGGACGCCUUGUGUCUUCUCUUUGCUUGUCUCCGUUUUUUCGAUUGCUUCGUCUCUGCAUAGAGGAUGAGUUUGAUGGUAACUUGGAUGAAAUUGAUGCAUUGUUAGGCUGCCCACUCUACCUCACAGACCUGGAAGUUAUCGACAAGAUGGAGUCUCUGUCCAAGCAAGAACGGGAGUUCCUGUGCUCGCUUCUUUUCCUGGCUAUUAACUGGUUUAUAGAGGUGGUCAAUGCCUUUUGUAAGCAGCCAAAUGCUGACAUGAAGGGGAAAGUGCUGAGCCGUCUACAGAAUAUCACAUGGCUGCGGUCCGUCUUGGAGAAGUGUUUGCCUGGUUGUCCUGGUUAUAAUCCUCCAUGUGCACAUUUUGAAUGUGAGCAAACUGAGGUCUCUCCUCCUGUGGUACCUGCAGUCACCACCACAAAGAAGACAAAGAAAGGGAAGAAGCGGCCACUGGGGGAUGGGAAGAAUUCAUCGACAGAAGAGGACCAGCUGGACUCUGUGCCACAGGAGACACAGAAGAGCCAGGCUGAGAAGGAGAAAGAGGAGAACAGCAGACCCUCCGUUAGCCUGAGCAGUUUUCGGCCAUUCUUCAGGGAGCUGGAUAUUGACGUGUUUACAGUUCUCCAGAAUGGCCUUGUCACACGUUCGCUGCUGGACACUAAUAUGUGUACAAAGGCUACAGAAGUGGUACAGCUGGGACCGGCUGAGCUUGUCUUUCUCUUGGAGGAUCUAUCCCGCAAAACUGAACAUAUUCUAACAGGCACCAGGAGAGCGCCCUUACUGAAGGUGAAGGACACGAAGACCAUAGAGUUCACACAUCUGUGUCAAAGAACACCAAAAGAAGUGGCCGAAGUAAUUGUUGGACUAUUGAACCCACUGUGCAACCAUGUGGAAAAUAUGCAUAACUAUUUCCAGACACUACUGACUGAGAAUCAUGGUGUAGUAGAUGCUCCAGGGGUUGACGGAAUAGAACACCAGUACAUGGCCUCCAGCUACCACUUGCUUCUGCAGGUUUUCCGCACUCUCUUUGCCUGGAAUGGAUUUUUGCAGCAUGAGAACAGGGAUUUGUUGAAGUCAACACUUGCUGUGUUUGCAGACAGAAUAAAGGAAUCAGAUGCAUCACUGGAUAUAACUGAGCAGAUCAGCCACAGUUUCAGCUACUUUCAGAACUUAUGUAGUAGUGUCCCCACUUUCUCUGCCGCACUAAGCGUCACGCAGCUGCUGAUCACACUGAUAGACAAGACGGAUGCCUCACCGUAUCGCAGCAAGAUUGCUUCAAUUGUAAAAGGUUUUCUGCGCCAGUCCUGGAUCUAUCCCAGCGGUGAGCGCGAGAGGGGUGUACGAUUUAAUGAGACACUGCAGAGCAUGUUGGGUAUUUAUCUUGAGUAUGCUGAUGUUCUUGAAGCCAUUGAAGAAAUCUGUGGAACAGGUGUGUCAGAACUGAUGAAUGCAACUAAAGAUGGCCAUUCUUCCACCUACCCCACCCUAACCAGACAUACAUUUGUGGUUUACUUCCGUGUCCUAAUGGAGAAGUUGGAGAAGUAUGUGAGAAGCAUUCCAGUUGGGACAAGGAAUGACAGUUACCAGAUACAGGCAAAGCAUCUAAUGUGCUGGAGUUUGGCGGUGAAGAAUUUCCAUAUUCUAGUGAACCUUAUUAAGGUGUUUGACAGUCGGCCUGUGCUAAUUAACUGCUUAAAGUAUGGCCGCCAGUUUGUUGAGACGUUCCUGAGAGUCGGGAUGCCUCUUCUGGACUGCUGCUUUAAAAAGUGUUGGGAAGAUGUACAGAGUUUAUUGAAAAUCUUACAGUUAUGUACCAGACAACUUCACCACAUGUGUGGUCACUCCAAGAUCCAUCAAGACACGGGCCUGACAACACACGUGCCACCGCUAAAGAAGACAUUGGAGAUGUUUGUGUACAGGGUAAAAGCCAUGCUGGUUCUCAACAACUGCCAGAAUGCAUUCUGGCUGGGCAAUCUAAAAAACCGAGACCUACAGGGGGAGGAGAUAUUAUCACAGAAGUCACAGGACAGUGAAACAGAAGAGGAUCAAGGGUCACAACUUCCUGCAGAGGAACCAGAAGAAGAACAGGAAGAUGAAAGCAAAGGAAGUGACCAGGAGCAGGAAGAUGAAGAUGAAGAGUCUGAUUGAGCUUUUUAGUUUGUAAGCCACCCCUCCCUCAAUGGCAGAACAUUAUACAGUGUAUUUAUGUAUAUAGUUGAUAUGUGGCAAGAGACUGAAGCACAUUUUGUUCACUGCUCACUAUAGAUCCUGGGAUAAUGUGUGGUUGUUGUGUAUAAGGAAACAUUAAAAUGCUUAGGUUUCAUUACUUUGGUGGUUCUGCUGCCAUGUGCUGUGUAGACUGUAGUGAGUCCAUUAUGUUUGUUACCAACUUCCUGUCAUCACAAUAAAGAGUUUAUAUGCAAAA